AUGGAAGAGCCUCUCGAAAGAAAGCUUCAACGGCUAAUCAAACUAGGAAUAAUCGAACGUGUGGAAUCUUCAAAAUGGGCAACACCCAUCGUCAUUGUAAGAAAGCCCAAUGGUGAAAUACGCCUAUGCGCAGACUACUCCACAGGUGUGAAUUGUCUUUUGGUCGACAACAGGCACCCGCUGCCCAACGUAGAAAGCGCUACAGCCAAACUUAACGGAAAUGCCUUCUUCAGCGUACUUGAUCUCAGUGAUGCGUUUUUCCAGCUGGAGAUCGCCGAGGAUCAUCGGGAAAUCACAACAAUCAUCACUCCGUUUGGUCUUUUUAGAUACACUAGAGUACCCUUCGGGUUGAAGACAGCUUCCGCUGAAUUCCAGGAAGCCAUGGACAACACACUAGCAGGAUUGGAUGGAGUGGACGCAUACCUUGACGACGUCAUCGUCAGAGGUUCCAAUCGGCGGGAACACGACUUACGUUUUCGGAAAACCCUCCAACGUCUCGAAGAAAGAGGCUGGAAACUUAGACUCGACACUAAUCAUACUAAUCAUAAACGCUAA